GGUUCUAGUGCAGAUAAUGUUUGUCUAAUUCAUGAAAGGGUUAGACGUCGAUGAGGAGAGAGUUGAUGAUGCAAGACUGACACGUUCGGGAUCACGUAGGAUCCCGCAUGUGUUCCAGGCCCUAGAACCGGGAGAAGAAAGACGGCUUCGUGCCGAACGCAGAGCCCGUGCACUAGCAGCAACUAGGGAAACAGCGAACGCCGCAGUUAGGGAACAGGCUGCAGCAACAGCCAGAGCAGAAGCCAUGUCUUUUGCAGCAGUAUCCUCUGUUGCGUCCUCGUCUGGGACUAAUGGGACCAUGUUGGGAAUGCCCACAGGGUCCACGGGUACUUCGAGUUCAGUAGGUUCUCGGCAGUCUACAAGUCAAAUGGUGGUCUCACAGUUCAGCCCGUUGACUCCUCGCGAAAGGGAGCUUAGAGAGUUCCAACAGGUCAAAAGAAUCCUUGAAKGAUUAGAGAGGGAACUGAAACAAGCUACCGACAGAGAAAGAGAGAUAAAAAACAGAACAACCAGGCUUGAUACGUUAGAGGCUAACAAGGCUGAGCUAGAGGGUUUGGAUGAGUUAGCAAUGUCUGACCAAAUGACAGUACUGAAGAACAAUAUGCUGUCGUUGCAUGCGCACGUGGACAGCAGAUUGGACUUUAUGCAAAACACUCUAGACCAGAUCCUGGACAUUUUGCAAAGGCCAGGACUUAGGCCACGAGCACAAUCGCUGUUGCCGUUAACGGCGAUGUCAGGCCCAUUUCCCGUACAAGCUGGCACACAACCAAGUGGCACGUCUGCAGCAGCCGCACAAACUGUUGCUUCUUCUUCUUCGGGUUCAGUGGUGGUUGCUACACCACCACAACAACCUGUUCCUCAACAAGGACAGCCGCAAGGUCAAUGGUACCCUAAGACCCCUAUGAAACCACCUCUUUCCUUCUCAGGUGAGAAGAAGGACGAAGAGCUCAACACUUGGUUGAGAACAGUCCCGGUUUGGGUAAAGGCGAAGAGGACCUUGCAGGAGGAGGAGGUGAUAACUGCGRCAUCUUACCUUGAGGUUAAGGCAGCCAAAUGGUUGGAUGGUGUAGUUACAAAGGUUGGGUUUGGGAGACACAUGGCGGACUGGGCUACGCCCCUUACGUUAGACCAGUUCUUGGAGAUGGUAGAAGCUCGCUGGCACAAUCCUCAGCAGGCGCAAUUGGCCACUGAUGCGAUAAACAGACUAGACCAACGAAACGAGGCUCGCCUCGAGUACCAUUCGUUUGAGACAUUGUCUAGAAAAGCCUUAGACUUAGAGGCUACGCUAGGAAAUGCUCAACCCUCUCAGAAUGAUGCGAGGAAGAAGAAGAGUCCGCAGGAAUGGAAGAAGAAGGGGGCUAAAUUGAUGAUGGUUGAGUCCGAUGGGACUCAAACAAAGAUCGAUGAGCUCACAGACCUGCUGGACGUUUCAGAGUACGACGGUGAGGAGAUCGCUGAGGGUAGCACCCUCGCCGUAGAAGUAAAGGCUAAGGCGGGUGGCCGAGUGUUGGCACAACAGGAUGGGAAGAAGUUGAGACCGAUUGAGUACAUGAGCAAGAAAAUGCCAUCGAAGAAAUUGGCAAAGUCCACCUACGAAAGGGAACUCUAUGCUCUCUACAAGGCACUUGUCCAUUGGAGACAUUUUUUGUUGGGACGGUUCUUCUACUUGAGAACUGACCAUCAGACACUCAAAUGGAUCAAGACUCAACCGGCUCUUUCUGAUGCACUCAAGCGAUGGAUUGAGGUCAUAGAUCAAUAUGACUUCAAGCUUGAGUAUCUGAAGGGAGAGUACAACAAGGUUGCAGAUGCGAUAUCACGUAGGGCAGACUACCUAGGGGCGCUAGUUUCUGACUUUGGUGUAUCGGAAGAAGUAACUCAAUCGAUGGUGGGAGCCUAUCAGGAAGACCCUGUCACGAUGGACAUCAUGCGCAAACUUCAGGCAAAAGACAAGGCCACGGAAAGUGAGUUUGUGAUGGUGGAUGGGCUUCUCUAUCUUGAUAAGGUCGGAGUUAAAAG